AUGUCAGCAAAACGCCCGAUGGACGGUUGCCCCGUCACUGACCCCGCACUGAAUCUGAGGGAUGCUGACGCUGUUAUUUGGAGGGGAGAAUGUUUGUCUGUGAUGCCUGGGGAUGAGCCCUCCUCGUGGUGUCUGGACACGCUUCCCACGAACACGACGGAUGCGAGGGACCCGGAGGAUACAUAUCUGAUUGCUGCCAUGCAUGCGGCAUUGAGGUGUCCCGGCAUGCAGGUGCGUCUUAGAGUGGUCGAAAAGGGUAACGUCCGUUGUGUCCCAUGCACGGACGGAGCGACGAUUACGUGGGCCACUCCACCCUAA